AUGGGAUAUCAUGAAAGGUCCUGUACAAAGGCGGGUACGAACAGACCACGCCGUGUGGAAUAUUAUGAUAUUCCUCACAGCCAAUGUGAACGAGGGAUCGGGAUUUCCGCCGAGGUCAUCACCGCCUGCGAACUUACCAACCAAAACAAAACAGACCGAAACGAUGGAAUUCGGCGGUUGUGAGGUCAGAGUCAGUUGAAGCUGUCCAUGACCACACGUAGCAGGUUGUACAGUCUCGCCCUAAGAUGCGGCUGUGGCAACAUGUUCAGUGAAUGUUAUGUCGUUGUUUCUGACGAGUGUCGAUCUUGUGACGGCGCUCUCCGGUUACUAAUCAAGACUGCCCAUUGGAAAUCUUCUAUGCGUGAUCGCUUGGAUUCCAGAAGGUCGAACGAGGGAAGCGAGGGAGUUCUUGCACAUCACAGGGCUUCUUUACGGUGACAUUGGCCACAACAGUCUAUGAGUUUGCAUGUACAUUUUGUUUGAGACAUGUACAUUGCCCGAAAUAUCUUUCGUGGACAUGGUUGAUUCUGCAAUGAUGAAGACGUGGCUGGAUUGCACACGGAGUCGCACGGGAAAAACUCGCGGAAAGAACUAAAAGUGGUCAAUCUGAGGAGUACAGUGGCAAAUGUCUGCAGCGGAUUCACAGGAAUGAACUUCAUCGUGAAACCCUUAUCAGUGUAGCAUUGCAGCUGUGCACAGUUACAUUUGUCCACCGGAAGUUCCUCGCAGACUUCGAGUAAAACAUCGGACGUGUUUCAAUAUUCAAGGAGCUGGUAACUGUCAGGUUGACCUUGCCGAGUGCCGUCGACCAGUGGGUGUUGGCAGUCAGCUGCUUCUCAGUUUGAUUCUUGUGAGCUCUCAACGACCAGCCGUGUCUGCUCACCGCGCUGGGCCGUUGAUUUUUAGAGGGAAUCUGAUCCAGUUAGUACAUGCAUGCACUUCCGGGAGUGACGUCUGGCGAUGAAGAAGUCAACAUCAAUUUAGGUUCUUGUUGCAAGUGCGGUAUCAGUAGGAGCUCAAUCGAACAUCGACAAUGUCAUACCUCCAACCACUGCAAGAAAAAUGCAGUCUGUCGAGACCUCCAGCGCUUUCCUCCACCUCCGGUCACAUGUGAAAAUCAGUCCCUCUCCAUGUCAGGUGAUCCUACCUUCACCGGUCCUGGCCAUCGGUUAGGAGAAGAGCAUGAGUGGACGGGGAAUUCUCUUUCCGGCUUACAUAUUUGGGUCGAUUUAGGUGACAUCCUAAGUUCUCCGAAUAGGGAGUGUGCAGUUGCCGCCGCUUCUGGAUCGAACUCGGAGUUGAUUGUGGAUCUGGAUUUCCAGGGUCGGUGCCGGGAAGAAGCUGUCAGUUACACGAAGUCUGCUCUCAAUCACGAGCGUAAGACUCCUACCUGCCCUGCUGAUUAUGAUUUCGAUUCAAUUGAGGGCCGGCUACUGCAAAGUCAUAGUCACAUCAACACAAAGGCAAAAGAGGUGAAAGUGGCAUAUGGGGCACCAUUAAUUGGUGAGGAAGAUUCAGACACUGGGCGGUGCAAGGAUGAGAGUGGCAAAGCGAGCCAUAUUGGGAAAGAAAGGAGAGUGAAGCGGGUUCGGUUUUCCGAUCAUGUGACGACGAUUUACUUCCCGGAAUUUGAUGUGAAGGAGGUCAUCCUUUCCCACGAUGAUAGGAAUUUGCACAUUGAUGAUUGUGGAUCAUCUGCGGGUAUUUCGAGGGUUUUAUACUCCGACAACAUUGUGGAAGGCAGUGUACUGACAAACCCAAAUGACGAUUCUGGGAGCGAGGAGAGAAAAUCGGUGGCAUUUGACACUGCGCAAGCGGAUGCAGGUCCUGCUGAUUCCGUAGUGAGUCUGCAGGUUCAAACAGAUGAGAUCUGUGAGCGCCAAUCUAAGAGUGAAGACGCAUUGGAGAAUUUUGACAGAUCAGAUGUUUUAUCCAAAGACGUGGACGCAACGAAGAUGUCAUUAGGCUUUUCAACAUCUACGUUCUUGGAUUUAUGUAGCGGCUGCAGCAAUGUUAGACCAGAAAAUCAUGUUAGCCUAUGGGAAUCUGAAAGUACCAUGGGUCAGAAAUGGGCAACUUCUUUUGACGCUCCGAGCCAAGUAGGAAAUGUGGGCAGUGAAAUGGACGAUCCAGAUUUUGAGACCACGAUUAUUUCUGCGGAAAUUCUUACGUACUGCGUCGAUAGGCUUUUCGCCCUAGAUCCUUCACUUAGUUUAGCAAAUGGGCAUGGGCCCUCGUGGACUAUAGACUUUUGUGAAGACAGUAGGAAACUUACUUUCAAAAGGAAAGGGAAGGCAAGAAAAGGAGACAAGAAGGCAAGCAAAAGACGAAAGCAGGACGAGGCACCGUCACGCUCAAGAUGGGGACUAGAUUGCAGUUUAAGCAGCGAUGACUUGGAAGCGGAUGAUGAUGUGUUGGGCAGACCGCUUUGGAGGAGACAAUACAAGUCCAUCAAUGCCCUGGCAUCGUAGCUGACAUAAUUUGUACAUAUUGUAAAUACAAAAAGUGCCGAGCCUCGUGA